AUGCAAUCUCUGGAACGACGGGAAUCCACAGAAUCGUUACUUUCGGGCGAAUCGGAUUUUAUAAUAGAGCAUGAACCUGAUAGACAUUUGUUAUUAUCCAAAUGGGGUCAGAGUUUUGACAAUUUCAAAACCGAUGAUCGAGUCCAAGAAACUAUUCAGGCAUUCAACAAACAAGAAAGUAUAGACAAAAAUAACUGGUCUGCUUUAUGGAGGCUCUGGAAUGCAGGUCAUUCUUGGUUUAUUGUUUGUAUCAUAGGGGUUAGCAUUGGGGCUUCAGCUUAUAUGCUAAAUGUGAUUACUUCAUUCCUUUCUGAUGUUAGGAGAGGUUACUGCUUGUCUAGGUGGCUCUUUAAUGAAAAGUUUUGCUGCAUGUACAGCGAAGAAGCAGGUACGACUUGUACUACUUGGAUUCAAUGGAGCGAUUCUUUUAUUUUGAAUUAUUUAGUUUAUACUUUUCUUGCUUUGGUUUUUAUUAUGGUAUCAGCAAUUGUUGUCAGAGAUCUCUCUCCGCUUGCUGCAGGCAGUGGAAUUUCGGAGAUUAAGUCAAUAAUCAAUGGUUUUUCUAGAGACGAAUUUGUUUCUUUUCGUGUUUUGUUAGUUAAAUGUGUUUGCUUACCGCUUACCAUUGCAAGUGGUCUUUCUGUCGGCAAAGAAGGACCGAGCGUGCAUUUGGCAACAGCCAUGGGGCAUUUUAUAGCUUCUAUUUUUAGGCGAUUGAAAUUACAUUCAGUUAAUUUUCGAGACAUAUACGUUUCCUCUGCUGCCGCCGGUGUAGCUGUUGCUUUUGGAUCCCCCAUUGGAGGUGUAUUGUUUGGCAUUGAGGAAAUGGCUUCUGGAUACACUUCCAAGAUGAUUUGGUAUACAUUUUCUUGCUGCCUUUUUGCCGUUGCAACCUUACAUCUACUUAAUCCAUUUCGGACGGGCCAACUAGUUCUCUUCGAAGUCCGCUAUUCUGGUUCUUGGCAUUUCUUUGAAUUGCUGUACUUUUCGAUUCUUGGCAUUUUUGGAGGGCUCUAUGGCGAGUUUGUCAUGAGGCUUUUCAUUAAAGUUCAGAAGUUGAGGAAAGCUUACGUUGAUAAGUGGCCAGUGAUAGAUGCCUCUGUCAUUGUAGUAGUCACUGCAUUAGUUAGUUACUUUAAUACUUGGUUGAAAUUGGAUAUGACCUUAAGUAUGGAACUUUUAUUUCAAGAUUGCAAGGCUAUGAGUACUCCUGAAUUAAAUGACCUUUGUAGUCCCACUAAUGAAGGGAAAAACUCAUUGUUAUUGUUAGCUUCAACCUUAUUAAGGAUGGUUUUUGUUGCGUUUUCAUAUGGCGUUAAAGUGCCUGCCGGCAUUUUCGUUCCUUCCAUGGCUGUCGGAGCUACGUUUGGACGAAUAGUUGGAUUAUUUGCCGACAUACUCUAUAGAAAAUUCCCAAACUUUUAUCUAUUUUCUGCGUGCCACGGAUCAGGAUCAUGUAUAACGCCGGGAACGUAUGCUCUUUUAGGAGCUGCCGCAAGUUUAAGUGGUAUGAUGCAUUUGACUAUGACCGUCGUAGUCAUUAUGUUUGAAUUGACCGGAGCUCUGAAUUUUAUCCUUCCCACUGUACUCGUGGUUGCUAUAGCUAAUGCGGUGGGCGCUGUAUUUGGUCGCGACGGCAUAGCUGAUAGAAGCAUCAAGCUCAAUGGAAUUCCAUUUCAGGAACCAGAGAAUAUUUAUUCUGAAGACGAAGAUAUUGUAUUUCCGGUGACAACUAUUAUGUCAAAGAAUAUAAUAGCCAUACCAUCACAUGGGGUUACAUGGAGGUGGUUGUUUAGAACUAUGAAAGAAUACUCGUUCAGCGGAUAUCCUGUAAUCAAUAGCCCAAAACAAUUUGAACUUAUUGGUUACAUAAAGAGGAGCUCAAUCAUGUUAGCAUUCGAGGAAUUGAAAAGCAACCCAACCUUUACCUUUGACCAAGGGAUUUAUUUUAAAGGUUCAGCAACGAUGGACGAUAUGAAUGAGCAUUCUUCCGGUUCACACUCUAAUGGUUUUGAUUUAUCAUCCUACAUGAAUUUACAGCCAAUAAGUGUUUUAUACAAUCAGUCGUUAUCCAAAGUAAGUACCAUCUUUCAGGCUCUUUGUCCAAAAGUUGUACAUGUUGAGAAGGAUGGUGUUCUUAUAGGACUGAUAACGCGGAAAGAUUUGCUACUAACAAAACACUACCUAAAAACUCUCAAUCAGCCAACUUCAGCAAAUCCAAGGGUCGAAAACGUUCCGCUACAUGAAAUGGAAAAUAGUGAACAUGACAAAGAUAUAGAGCUACAGGUUUUGAGGUCAUAG